CACCUUUUGGAUAAUUAAAGCCGUUAACUUUUGGUUUUAGUAAUGCUUAAUCAGUUUUCUACUUUUUUCACUCUGACAUUGAACACGAGAGACAGGAGAAAAGGGAUUUGAUUUUUUCUCUUUCGGAUUAUGGGCUCGGAGACGGCUUCAUCGCCGUCGUCUACUCCGGCGAUCGCAGCAUCGUCUUCAUCAGCCACAUCUUCCCCAACUGGAACUGGUAAGAGAAAUAGAGACCCAGAAGACGAGGUUUAUGUCGAUAAUCUCCACUCUCACAAACGUUAUCUUAGUGAGAUAAUGGCAUCAAGUUUAAAUGGAUUGACAGUGGGAGACACCCUACCAGAUAAUAUAGUGGAUUCUCCAUCAAGAUCCGAAAACAUGCUGUACAUCAGGGAUGAGAUGUCCUUUCAAUAUUCACCAAUGUCAGAAGAUUCAGAUGAUUCACGAUGUUAUGAGGCUUUUACAAAUACCAGCUCCCCUCAACGUGAGAGCACACCAACUAGUCCAGUCUCACCCUACCGAUAUCACAGACCAAUGAAUGGGUUCUCAUCAUGCCCUCCGUCCACUUCAUACCCGUCAAAUUCCUGCAACUUCCCUCCUGCCUCAGCUUCACAGCCUCGUCAACGAGGCUCUGAUUCUGAGGGUCGAUUUCCAUCAUCACCCAGUGACAUAUGCCACUCUGCUGACUUAAGGAGAGCUGCACUUUUGCGGUCUGUGCAAAUGAGGACUCAACCUCCUGGACCAUCAUCAUUUGAAUUGCAUUUUACUCCAGGGCAGGAGCCUAAUCAUAUGGAAACCGAGGACCGGCCUUGUUCCUACAUGAAGUCUUUAGUUGAUGAGAGGGAAUAUAAGAUUGAACAAUGCUCCUCAAUGAGUGUAUCAGCACCCGAAAAUAGGGAAGAUCCCUGUAGAAUUUUGAAUAUGGGAUCGAAAGAAGAUGAAUCUGUAGAUUAAACACAGUACGUGUCGUUGUCCUUAAUGAUGGCUUCAGUUAUUGUACUUGUGCACGAUUAGAACUUUCAGAGGAUGGCUUGAGCCCUUUAUGCUCAAAGGUCACAACUUCAAAAAAACAGUCCUGUUUUAUGAA